GAUCGGGAGAAUUCCUGUUCAGCGAUAAAGGAAAUGAAGACGUUCUUCUGAGGAUGAACGAGCUGUUUUGGUAUCCCCUGCAAGGGUCCUACUCGGCCAAAGAAUGCCAGGACCCUCCUUCCUGGUACAGUCAUUACAAUCCCAAGCUGAACUAUGAGGCCGAGAGCCCGGACGAGUUCGCCCUGGUGAAGGCAGCUGCCAGCCAGGGGUGGGAGUUCAAAGGAAGAAGAGGCCAGGACCUCACUGUUAGCUACUACAGCCCAUCGCAGCCUCGUCAAGACUUGCAAUAUCGGGUCUUGGCCACCAACGCCUUCAACUCGGCGCGGAAGCGCAUGUCGGUGGUGGUGCAGAGAGGCCCAGCCUCUUCGAAUCGUCAACGCGUGAGCCCGGUUCUGUAUGCUCUUCGCUGCCCUAGGUAG